UCUGGUGGACAAUGCUUACACAGCUGUUCGGAGCAUGCUAGAUAGCUAAUUAGCGCAGGCGGUCGCCUCCUGUCUUCCGUAAACAAGCGCUGUAACGUGGAGAUACGGUCACGUGGGAACACGAACCCUAUCAAGUGCAAAGAUGCAGCCGGUAGAUUCUCUCCUCCACAGUGGCUAUUUUCACGCAACACUCAGAUGCUGGCAGAGCUGCGCCUCAGACUUGAGACCUGAGAAUCUUAUUUACCCCAUCUUCGUCACUGACAGUCCUGAUGCUGUGGAGCCCAUCGCUAGUCUACCAGGCCAGGCCAGAUAUGGAGUGAAUAAACUGGAAGGCAUGCUACGCCCCCUUGUGGAGAAAGGCUUGAAGUGUGUGCUGAUUUUCGGCGUGCCUGCCAAAAUCGCUAAGGAUGAGAGGGGUUCGGGUGCAGACACAGGUGAUACUCCGGCAGUAUUGGCUGUGAAGAAGAUAAGCUCUCUGUUCCCUGACCUGCUGAUGGCCUGUGACGUCUGCCUCUGUCCCUACACCUCACAUGGACACUGUGGAAUCUUGCGGGAGGAUGGCACUCUGGACAAUGGUGCCAGUUGCCAGCGUCUGGCAGAAGUGGCAUUGGCCUACGCCCGUGCUGGCUGUCACAUCAUUGCACCCUCUGAUAUGAUGGAUGGGCGAGUGGGAGCCAUCAAACAAUCACUGAUGUCCAAUGACAUGGGCAACAAGGUUUCUGUACUAAGCUACAGUGCUAAAUUUGCUUCCUGUUACUAUGGUCCCUUCAGAGAUGCAGCUCAGUCCACACCAGCAUUUGGAGACCGGCGUUGUUAUCAGCUGCCACCUGGUGCAAGGGGCCUGGCACUGCGAGCUGUGGACAGAGAUGUCAAGGAGGGGGCAGAUAUGCUGAUGGUGAAGCCAGGACUGCCCUAUCUGGACAUAGUAAGGGAGGUGAAAGACAAGCACCCCAAUCACCCACUGGCGGUGUAUAACGUGUCAGGGGAGUUUGCCAUGCUGUGGCAUGGAGCUCAGGCUGGAGCUUUUGACCUGCGCACCGCUGUACUGGAGUCUAUGACCGCCUUCCGCAGGGCAGGUGCUGACAUCAUCAUCACCUACUACGCACCUCAACUGCUCACCUGGCUGAAAGAGUAACAGACAGAAGGAUGGACCUACGGAUUGACAUGCGAUUAGCUCCUUUUUACCAAGCUGUUCAAUGCUGAACUACACUGACAAAUGGGGUCUACUGAAGCCAAACUGACAUGUGAGAACAGGCAAUCUAUCUUCAUACAUUAAUUUACAGUUUAUUUUUCUAUAUAACAUUGAUAUUUUGUUCUGGGACUCUUUUUUUUUUUUAUCAUGUGCAGCAACCACAAAUUCUCACCAAAGAUGGUAUUCUACUAGCUCGUAACCACAGCAUAUCAAAUAAGGUUUGAAGGGUUAGCCUAAUGUUAGCUUUUACAGUCCUGUUUUUUUCAUCUAUCUGUUGAUUGUCUUGGUGGGUUUAUGGGUAUUUUUUACUAUUCUAUAGUUUUCCAAAUUGCGUAAUUAUGGACUUUUAUUUUAUUCUGUGCCUUCUGUAAUAGCCACUCUGGCUUCAGCACUGAUAUUUACUAGUGUUUGUAAGGUUGGGUUAAGAAACCUGUAAAGCUCUUAUUGACCAGGGUAAAUGGACCUAUCCAAUGUCCAAAUUUUUUGGGAUAACAACAAUAAAGCUACAAUCGAGUUUGAAA